AUGCGGCCUGCAGAGCCGGCCGCUCGCGUGGUUACCGGAGCCGCAAAGAAGCUGUUAAUCGCGGCUCUCGGAUUCCGCGAGCGGUCCGGUUUGGAGCCCUGGGAUUUCUUACCCCGUUUGGAUCCCAUUGUGAGCGGUGGGACGGCCGGUGGUGGCACUUUUCAGUACGAUGCCCAGUUCACUGCAGCGGAGCUAAGGACAAACACGUCCAGCCGCGGCCAUUGCGACUUCUACAACAGUUCCUACAACAACGACUUCCACAAUAGUCCCUACAACAACGACCACUACAACAGUCCCUACAACAAUAACUACUACAAUAGUCCCUACAACAGCGACUACUACAACAGUCCCUACAACAACAGCACCUAUCACCACCACAAUUCCCUCAACAACCGAGAUGACUACAGAAACACCAACUACAACAGUCCCUACAACAACAACACCUAUCACCACCACAAUUCCCUCAACAACCGAGAUUACUACAGAAACACCAACUACUACAACAGUCCCUACAACAACAACACCUAUCACCACAACUAUUCCCUCAACAACCGAGAUUACUACAGAAACGCCAACUACUACAACAGUCUCUACAACACCUGUCACUACCACAAUUCCCUCAACAACCGAGAUUACUACAGAAACACCAACUACUACAACAGUCCCUACAACACCUGUCACCACCACAAUUCCCUCAACAACCGAGAUUACUACAGAAACACCAACUACUACAACAGUCCCUACAACACCUGUCACCACCACAAUUCCCUCAACAACCGAGAUUACUACAGAAACACCAACUACUACAACAGUCCCUACAACACCUGUCACUACCACAAUUCCCUCAACAACCGAGAUUACUACAGAAACACCAACUACUACAACAGUCCCUACAACACCUGUCACCACCACAAUUCCCUCAACAACCGAGAUUACUACAGAAACACCAACUACUACAACAGUCCCUACAACACCUGUCACUACCACAAUUCCCUCAACAACCGAGAUUACUACAGAAACACCAACUACUACAACAGUCCCUACAACACCUGUCACCACCACAAUUCCCUCAACAACCGAGAUUACUACAGAAACACCAACUACUACAACAGUCCCUACAACACCUGUCACUACCACAAUUCCCUCAACAACCGAGAUUACUACAGAAACACCAACUACUACAACAGUCCCUACAACACCUGUCACCACCACAAUUCCCUCAACAACCGAGAUUACUACAGAAACACCAACUACUACAACAGUCCCUACAACACCUGUCACUACCACAAUUCCCUCAACAACCGAGAUUACUACAGAAACACCAACUACUACAACAGUCCCUACAACACCUGUCACCACCACAAUUCCCUCAACAACCGAGAUUACUACAGAAACACCAACUACUACAACAGUCCCUACAACAAUUCCCUCAACAACCGAGAUGACUACAGAAACACCAACUACAACAGUCCCUACAACAACAACACCUAUCACCACCACAAUUCCCUCAACAACCGAGAUUACUACAGAAACACCAACUACUACAACAGUCCCUACAACAACAACACCUAUCACCACAACUAUUCCCUCAACAACCGAGAUUACUACAGAAACGCCAACUACUACAACAGUCUCUACAACACCUGUCACUACCACAAUUCCCUCAACAACCGAGAUUACUACAGAAACACCAACUACUACAACAACCGCGUUUAUGUUCCACCGCUACCCACUAACCUCGAUAACCUUAAACAUCGAAUAACAACAGCGAUCAACUCAGUGGAUCGGGAUAUGCUGAUACGCACCUGGGAGGAAUUCUCUUAUCGCAUUGAUGUUGCCCGUGCUGCAGAUGGUGGUCACAUUGAACACUUGUAA